CAAAGCUCCGAGCAAGCGCGCGCAGCCGUGACACUCCAUGAUAUCCAUGCGAUGAGCACUCAGAAAGGAGGCCGACCGAAAAUACCGGCCUGAGGAUGAGUCAAGCGGUGAUUUGCAUCUCAUUAGUGGUUGCCCGACACUCGGCCCGCAUGCAGCCAUGAAGCUAGAUGUGCAGGUCAACCGUGCCCUGCUACCGUUUAAAGCAGUGUAUUUCUUCUUUUUGGCAGGUAUGUCCUGCCUGAUCCCGUUCCUGCCCGUCUACAUGCGCCAACUGGGCCUGACGAUCGCCGAGACAGGCCUCGUCCGUAGUCUGGAACCUUGCAUCAGUUUUGCAGCCAGCCCUGUUUGGGGCAGUCUGGCAGACAAGUACAGUAAGCACAAACUCCUCCUGAUUGUAUCCAUCGCGGGAAGCAGCAUACUGAUGUUUGCCAUCAUGUUCAUUCCUACCGCCGAAGCGCCGGGUGCCAGCAACAGUACCUCUGACAGUUACGGGACUGACCAGAGACUGCUGCUGAAGUUGGAUUGGCAUUUAAAUUGCAGUUUACCCACUUGGGCACAGAGUUCAUUCUGCAACCAUUCUGACUCGAGUGACUAUGUGACAGCAGAUGUCUGCACAGAAUUUUGUGACGCGGCAGUUAUGAUGAGUGGAAUUGAUAUGCCAGCAAAUUUGACAUCAGAGUUUAAUUUAUAUUGUACAUUGUGCGUGCCCCCUGAAUUGGGGCCAGUGGUGAUACCUCCUAUUAAAUCCAACGCAACUAUACAGAGUACUUAUAAAACCUCGACUCAGAAGCAGCUAAUGCAAGGUCAUAUUCUCAGGGUAUUGUGCCUUCCCAUUCGAGCAAAUAUUUCAAGCAUGGGCAAAAAAAUAAGUAAGUGUCCCAAUGAAACCAGAGAUGGCGAUUCAUGGUGCUCAACAGUUGCAAGAAACUUUUCUGAGAGUCUCCAAGAGUGCCUGCAUUGGCAGCAGUGCACCUGUUCCAAUUUGACAGCUGUGCCGCAGCUGGCAACGUCACCGCACGCCAGCAACCUGUACGUCUUUGGUCUGGUGGUCAUGCUGAUCCUGUCCAGCAAGGUAUUUGUUUGCAACGUCUUCCCUGUGAUGGACUCCACGUUGAUGCUGACGCUGGGUACUAGACCCCAGGACUAUGGCAAGCAGCGUAUGUGGGGUGCCGUGGGCUGGGGCGCAUUCGCCCUCAUCAGCGGCGUGGCCAUCGACACCCUCAGCAGAGGCUCCAGCCACGUCAACUACACCCCUGCCUUUUACCUGUUCGCCGUCCUCGAGGCCGUCUGCCUUGCGUGCAGCUUCUUCAUUGUCAGCCCGCCUCACACGGCCAACAAGAAGAUGCUGAAGAACCUCUGUAGCUUGCUCAUGCAGGCAAAUAUUGUGACCUUCCUCCUGGUGGUCACAGUGGUCGGGAUGUCCUUUGGCAUCACCGGAACAUUCCUCUUUCUGUUCCUGGAUGAAAUCCACGGGCCGCACAUGCUGAUGGGCCUGACUCUUACCGUGAACUGCAUAUCGGAAGUGCCCUUCUUGUUUUUUGCAGGCCGCAUCAUCAAACGCAUCACCUACAUCGGGGUUGCCUAUCUGACGCUGCUGUGCUAUGCCGUGCGAUUUCUCGGCUAUUCCCUCAUCAACAAUGCAUGGCUGGUCCUUCCAUUUGAACUGCUGCAUGGGUUUACCUACGGUGCUUUCUGGGCAGCUUGUACAUCGUUUGCCAGUGCCAAUGCCCCCACUGGAAUGACCACCACCCUGCAGGCAGUCAUCUCAGCAUUCCAUGUUGGAGUAGGCAGAGGUGUGGGCACCGCCCUAGGGGGUGUGGUCUAUCAGGAAUGGGGAAGUCGGACACUGUUCAGGGCGUGCCUGUUCACGUGCCUGGGCACCGCGGUCAUCUACUUUCUGCUACGUCGGUUUCUGGUGGAGGGGGUGGAGGGACCGCUGGCCAUGUAUCGCAAGUUUUCCCUGGUCAGGGGAGAGCCCUCCAGCACAGAUGGUAGACGGAAGAGCAGCUGCCUGUCUGAACUGGACAGUGAUACGUGUAAGGCCAUGGACAGCCAACAGAUGCAGCUUACCAUGACGACCAUCGACCAAUCCCAUCCUGACAGUCCACCUGUCACUAGGACUUACCACACCCACCGCCCGGUGCUACACAAGAUGCCUAUGCCCAACAUCCCGGAUUCUCCGGAGGAUGACACAGACAACGCAUCUCCCAGCAGCUCCAGUCUCUCCAAGCUUCUUCGUAUGGAGGAACGUCUCCCAGCAGCCGGCCAAGAGGUCCUGGAGAUGAGCGGGGAGGGACGGCCCCCGGCUGUGGGCAGAGAAUCCGUUCAACAAUGUGACAAUGAUGGAAAGGGAGGAAGGCAAACAGUGGUGUAGAGAGAGCGGGGAAGAACUCUUCGUAGGCGAGGGAAAUGUACCUGAUUAUCUUGCCUUGAAAACUAUUGUGUGUCAAUCCCAGAAGCGACCAAAAACAGCAUGUUUGGACACAGGCAAUUUGACUUGCUUUUUGGAAAGUUCCGAAACAUGCAAUUUUCAAUUUACAUAUGAAUUGAAGGUUUUGAAUGCAUGGGGAAUGUAGUAAUAAGAUAGCAUGCUCUGUCGUCAGGAGAAUGGAGGACGUACAUGUACCCAGUCCCCCCCCCCCAUCGUGUGGAGUUUCCAUACCACUGGGCACCUUCCCCCUCUGCCCUCCACCCAGGACUGGCACGGUUCCCCCCCCCCCGAUCCCCAGCAGCUCCCUUGCUUCACACAUUAGGACUCCAAUGUUUGAAACUGCUCAUUUCAUGUAAGCCCCCCUCAAAGUUGGCUCCCCUGCAUUCUCCUGACAGUGGACAGAGCACAGUGUUUGCCAAUUCUGCGCUUUGAACCCCACUCGCUCAAGAGAGAUGCUCGGUACUGCUGCAAACCUCAUCUUAAUGAGUCAUUUUGGUGGAGAUGGUCUGAAUGGGGAUGUGAACUCCACUGUGAUUCACUUCAGAAGUUGUCGUGUGAAUGAAGACGAUGAAAGGAUUCACGUUCAAAAGGCAGUGUUUUCUUGAGAAAAUCUACUAACUAUCUAACGAAAGUGCUUCUCUUGAGAUCUGCCAAAACGUUACCCGUACUUAUGCAUGACUUUUGGAGGCUGGGAGCAGCACAUUCCAAAUUGAUCAAUUUGAACUGGUAUGGGAAGUUCUCUCUUGAUUCUGUCACUUCACCCUUGGGUGACUUCAGGUGACAAAAUGACCAGGUUGACAACAAAUUAAAAAUAUUAACAUUAUUUGCAAGAGAAAUGUUGAAUCAUACAUGUUCCCAAGGAAAAGUUAUAAAUGAACACUCUAUAUUUGUAAGUUUGAGAAAAUGUUGCAUUUCUUUGGCAGUUCAGAUCCUCAUAAAAGAUCUUUGUUCUCGUUACCGACCGACUGGUUUUAAUACCUCUCGGCAUUUCAGUUUGGACAUGAAUCCUUACUCAAGGUAUUUUCUGCCAAUAAGGCCAGUAUAUGCAUUAGUCUAUCUAACCAAACGGUAUGCUAUCAAACUUCACAUAUAUGAACGUGUUAACCACUUUGAGUAGUGUUAUUGCGGGUUAGUGAAUUUUGUGGCUCAAGUCAACUCAUUUGCUCGCAGUGUCUCAGUUGGGACUCUUGUCAAAUCAAGUCGCCAAAACUUGUGACUCGUUCGCUUGAGUUGUCACAGCUCUUGUCUGCAGGGUAAUUAACAUGCCAAAUACCGCAGCGUGUGUCUUGAAUAUUGGAAAAGCAGGGGAAAAACAACCUCAGUGUAAGUGGACUUAAGUUUGCCCAAGUCUCCAAGAUACUGCAGAUGUCAAUGGAGAAGAAUCAGAUAUUAAUGGAGACGAAUAUUGCUUAACAUGCCAGUAUUAAAAAUACAACCGUUUCUAUGUGCACUCUCACUAAAGUCUGUAUUUAUUUUCAGUAUCCGGUUCGUAAAGUGACUUCAUCACAGAGGCCCACGUGCCAUGAUUUGCAGGCUCUCA